AUGCUCGUGAAGAACUACAUCACCGCUUUGACGCUUGCGGCUGGCAGCCUGGCAGCUCCUUUGCCAGAGCCGAAAUCAUGCGGAACCUCAACUGUUGAUUCACGAGGGCUCGGCAUUGUCUGCACGGGAGCUUCUGCUUCGAAACGGGUUCCUGAGCCAGCUCCUGAGCCAGCGCCUGAGCCAGAGCCAUGCACAACGUCAACCGUUGAUUCUCGGGGUCUUGGGAUCGUCUGCACGAAAACUGCUGCUUCGAAGCGGGUCACGGAGGAGUCGCACAAGGAAUCGCCAGCUCUCACCAAGAGGACAGGCAUGGGCAUCAUCAGCUCGAAUGACGACGCUUGA